CAGAAACAACUCACUCAUGCGCUCAUUAAUAACCUAAAGUACAUUUGGCAUCAAGGAUAUGUCUCUGAAAGGCAACAACACUGAAACAUCCAAUGGACUUAAGACACUGACUGUCUCAGAUGGAGAGCUGAACGUGAUGUCGGAUGAGCAUGCAGCAACACAGUACUCCAGCAGUAACUCCAGUCUGCCCACUGUGCCCAGUGAAGGGAGCCGAGGAGUGGGUCAGGUGGCGAGCUGGGCUGUCAGCUUUGAGAGGCUCCUUGAGGACCCCGUGGGUGUAUGCUACUUCACAGCAUUUCUGAAAUCUGAGGUCAGUGCUGAGAACAUCUUAUUUUGGUCAGCGUGUGAAAAAUUUCGCAAAAUACCUGGCCAUCAAACAGAGCGGCUCAAGAGAGAGGCGCUGUCAAUUUAUAACACCUUCCUGUCCAGCAAUGCAACUUCUCUCAUUAACAUAGAUGACAGGGUACGGGUUGAGGAGAAAGAUGUACAAAACCCUCAUGCUGAUAUCUUUCAGAAAGCACAACAACAGAUCUUCAAACUGAUGAAGUUUGACAGCUAUACUCGUUUUGUGCGCUCGCAGCUCUAUCAAAGCUGUAUGCUAGCUAAUGUGGAGGGCAGACCACUGCCAUUGCUGGACUCUCGUGGAAAACCCCUCGCAUCAACCAAUCAAACCAGCAGCAAUUCUCCCAGAGAGCAAGCCAAAUUCGACAGAACUAAGGAGAGGUUAAAAGCCAAGCCAAGUGCGGCAGAUGCUGAAGAUGUGGUGGAGAGGAGGAAGGUCAAUCUGCAAGGGAUGAUGGGAAAGGACAAGCGCAAAGAGAAGAGAGGGUCCUGGGGAGAAUCACCGAUCAGCUUCAAGACUGGACUUGUCAAGAGUUCAGAGGUUGAGAAAUUAGUCCCACGCUCUGCUGAUGGAAAGGUUGAUAAGUAUUGUUGUGUCUUCCUGCCUGAUGGUACUGCGUCUCUAACCCCGGCCCGACCUGGUCUCACUGUCCGGAACAUGCUGACCGGCCUAUGUGAAAAAAGAAGACUUCCUCUGUCAGACAUCAUCAUCUAUCUACAGGGCAAAGAUAAACAACCAUUAUCAUUGGACCAGGACAGCUCAGUGCUACAGGAUCAGCAGGUGACUCUCGAACUGAGGGUCACAUUUACCGUGAAGGUAGCGUUCACAGGCAAGACGGUGGCUGUUGUUGUGAAGUCUAAUAAGACCCUGCAGGAAGCCCUCGCUGCAAUGCUUAACAAAUACCGGCUCAGGUCACACGAAGCCACAGUCACCAUGAGAGAUAGCGGACAGAAAAUAAGCAUGAACACACCCGUCACCUUUCUGGCUAAUAAGGCACUAAUUCUAGAUAAAGGUGUUGAUGAGGCCAGCAGCUCAAAGGGGAACUUCUCACCUACCUCGUUUCAAGACCGGAGAGGUGCUGUGGAUGCAAACAUGUUCCCUUCAGGGAUGUCCAGAUCAAAUGUCCGACAGAGGAACCCUGGAUUGAGAAGAACCUAUGACAUGGAAGGUUUGGUGGAGUUGUUAAACCGAGCUCAGUGCUGCAGCGCUGAUGAUCAGCGAGGUCUCCUGAAGAAAGAGCACCUAAUGCUGCCUCAGUUUCUCCAGUUACCCCUGGAUGAAGUGGAGGAAGCAGAGACAUGCAGAUCACUGGAAGACUCUUGCUCCAGUAUGGGGUCUCUCAAAGGGGAUUGUACUCCUGGAGUACAAUCAGACACUUUAGAAGAAAGACCAUCAGAGAGAGAUUGCUCAAACUUGGCACGAGAAACUGUGGUGUGAGCUAAAUGGACCUGUUACAACCUUUGCUUCAAUGAUAAGUCACACGAGAACAUGAGGACUAGAGAAUACUAUUUCAGUAAUGUCAAUGUGAUGGUUUUAAACGAUGGACACUUGUUAUUGCCAUUUUUUGAUAGAGGCAAAUGCUAUGAAUAUUGUUUACAGUUGAUGUGAUUCUGCACGUUAAUGUUCGGCUGCUUGUAUUUAUUUUUAGAUUGACAACAAAAAGUAACAAAAAUACAUUCUAUCUUUUCUUGUAAAAAUACAUAGCAUUCUUUUUCUUAAAGGUGCCUCUGAGGUUCUUCAAGAUGCCAUAGAAUGCAAUUUGGUAUAAUAUGUAAUUGUCCUCUGAUAUCUAAAUGAGAGGUAUGCGAAUUAACUAAGUACAAAAAUUCUCCUGAAAUGGCUUUACAUGCCCACUUACAACCCUAGGAUUUGCCCCUAGAACGAAAUGGUCUGUUUUUACCUUAUUUGGUAAGGUUAUGAAUAUUAAUAAUGAGCUCUUCUCUGAAUGGCUGUUUCUGAGCACGGCUAGAUUACACAACACAUAUAUCUACUGCUAUUUGUGACCGCAGGAGCUGUGAUGUACUCUGAAAUACAAGCUUGCAAAAUAUUAAUACUUCGAGUCGAGAAUUGAGUAGAUGCCUCAUCAUAUGACAUGAGAUGAGUACAAACUAAUGCAGCCCGCAAUUCAAGCAAUGGUUAGACAACCGUUUUGAGCUGGGCAAUUGUUUUUAUGAAGCUAUUAAAUGAAGUUAAUAUCUAAUAAAAAUGGAAAUAGAAAAUUAAA